GGGUGGUUAAAGCCCACUUUAGUUAGUGUCUUUUCAUUAUUGCCUGAAGCGUGCACGUGACAGCUCCGGCGUAGACGACGAUUUCCGGAGCAAGCCUAAAGCUUCCAUAUCUCCAACAAAAGGGAAGGACUUAAAGAGAAGUUCUCGAAAAAUAGGUUCAUUCUCUCCGAGAAACGAUCGGAAAAUAUCUUGCUUCUGAGAUACAGCAAUUAGACAUAAUCGUUGCCUAAUACAUUCAUUUCAUACGCUGCAUAUUCAUUCUAAUUUUCUUCGCAUCAUCAGUAUUGUGGAACAUUGCUUAAAUAGAGUGUACCAAAAUUGUCACUUUCGAAACGUCUUUACAAAAAAAAAAAACAAUAUUGAUAACUUGCAAGCAUACGAAAAGCACCAAUACUGUCAUAUAACAUCGAAAUGAUGUUUAUGUGUAAGUAAGUAACUUUAGUUUAUAACCCGCACACAUAUAUAAAUAUAUAUACCAAGAUAGCGAUAUACCCCUACUUAACACUAGAUCAAAGCAUGUUGUGCCACUACCGAGGGUCUGUUUCAGACCUGGUUGAGCUUACCGAAGAAAAGAGCCAGCGAUGCUGCGCUGAAAGCAAACUUCGGCGGGUUUUCACCACCAACUCCAGGCGAAAAAAGAAAACCACGUCAACUGUUUUCAGCCUCAACUCUGUACUUAAGGAACCUUUGCGCUUAGCCAACUCGGUGCCCUUGACCUUUGACCUUCGUGGUUCCUCCCCCAGUGACCUCGCCGCAAGAAGAGGAGUGUUCAGUCGGCGCCAUUAUGGAUCUGUAGAAAUGCUAGCUUCAGUUGAUCAAGAUGGCACUGAUCAUUUCCGGCGAUUUAGGAUAGAAAAUGGUGAAAGAGUUGACAAAGACGAGUUGUACGGAUCACCUAGUACUCCUUUCCUGGAGAAUCCAGAAUAUCAAACCAGAUGGUACUUCAAAUACUUCCUUGGAAAAUUACAUCAAAACUACGUUGGAGCUGACAGUGAAAAGUUGCCCUUCUUCUUAUCUGUUGUGCUUACGGAUGCAAACACUCAGGGUUUGCAGCAGUACAGAGCCAUCUUGUGGCGAAAGACGGGAGCGCAGAAGAUAUGUCUGUCCCAUAAUCCUAGUAAACCGUUAACAGUGAAAUCAAUACUCAGCAAUUUUCAAAACAUGGACAGACUUGAAAAAGGGCCGAAGGAGAUUUUCGCCCCUGAAAUACAAAAGGAUCUUCUGCUUCUAGAAGAACAGGAGGGGUCAGUAAAUUUUAAAUUUGGGGUCAUCUACGCUAAAGUUGGACAGUUGUCGGACGACGAAAUGUUCAGCAAUGAGGGAGGGAGUUGGGAGUUUGACCAGUUUUUGUCCUUGCUUGGGGAUCGGAUCCGACUAAAAGGUUGGGAUAAAUACAGAGGUGGACUUGAUGUAAAAGGAGAUAUGACCGGAAAGUACUCGGUUCACACCGUCUAUGAAGGACACGAGAUAAUGUUCCAUGUAUCGACACUUCUUCCUUUCUCGAAAGAUAAUCGCCAACAGGUUGAAAGAAAGAGGCACGUGGGAAAUGACAUUGUUAACAUCAUCUUCUUGGACGGGAAUCACGAAGAUCACGGUAGCUUCAAACCGUCGAUGAUCAAGUCACAAUUUACUCAUAUUUUUGCACUAGUAUCGUACCAGAAGGACGACUGCUCGUAUCGUUUGUCUGUAUUCUCUGACGAAUCUGUACCUUUGUUUGGUCCGACGUUGCCUUGCCCACCGGUCUUUUACACGACAGCUGAGUUUCGAGAAUUUCUUCUCGUGAAGCUGAUGAAUGGUGAAAAGGCAGCUUUUAAUACGCCAACGUUCGCUCAGAAACGUGAACGUACACUUGAUAUGCUUAUAAAGGACAUGUACGCUGACCACUUAGUGGACACACGUGGUCAGACGAUGCUCAACCGACGUGCAUUUAGUGACGUACUUCCGGAAACGUCACGUGGCUCACGUAGGAAAGAAAAAGCACGGCAAGUUGAAUUCGUCAGAUUUGGACAGAUGUUGAGAUUGGACACUAUCGUGAAGGGGGAUGCUCCUACCAGUUUAGUAACUACAGGACUUUUCAAACGAGAGCCUUGGGAGACUCAUUGUUUUUAUCCGGAUUUUCCACAUGAUGUUAUUUGUGGCGAUUCAUGGGGAGAAAACAAAGUGGUUGUUGCUUCUGAAGCAGGUGUCUUUUUGAUCGAAGAGGGCGCCACGCAUCGAUUGAUUUUUGAUCGAACAGUACAAGCUAAACAACUUAGUGUCGUAGAAGCACAUGGAAUUAUCUUGCUAAGACUGGAUAAAGGUCGAGACAGUAAAAUACAUGUCUUCAGACUGUCCGACUUUGAAGGAGAACAGAACGAACAAAAUGUCCGUGGAAAACUGGAAAUCAAGGAAAACAGGCUAGAAAAGACAAGAGGUUGUCAUCUAUACGCUCUGAGCAGACCAGGUGGAAGUCAUCUUCGGAUGGUAGUAGCUGUUGGUAAAAAGUUACUGGUUAUGCAGUGGCGUCACUCUGCGGCAUGGACAGCAUGGUGCGUGUCUGCUGACACUGACACAGUCGAAGGGUUUCAGUUCAUUCGAGAGCUUCCCGCGGCGGAAACGCCACAGUUGCUCACCCUGGUGGACAGUUCUGUCUCUGGAGGGGAAAAUCUGAUAUGUGUAGGGUAUCGCCACCAAUUUGACUUGAUCAAUGAAAAGAAUGGAGAUUCGCUUCAUCUACACCACGUGGAGGGUAGUAAGGUCCAUCUGGUGACGGCUAUUGACAUUUACGAAGACGAGGAGGCUGAAUUAUUGCUCUGUUAUAACCAUACGACACACUUUCGAAAGUUAACAGAUGACCGUUCCACGGAUUUUGAUUUUCAGUGGAAUUCUGUUCCGGAGUCCAUAGUCUGUGCCUUCCCCUACAUCAUGGCGUUUACCCAAGACACGAUCGAGAUUCGGCUUGUUAUAAAUGGCAACCUUGUACACAGCAUGACAAUGCCUAAACUAACCAUGAUAACAGCCAAGAGCGACAUCUACUUUUCAAGUACGGCACCAGAAUUUUUUCAAGUAAAAAGAGAGAGAGUAAAAGUUGACAAGAUGGAAAGAGAUCCCAGCAUUUCUCCACCAGCAUCACCACAUUCUACUACCAGUAACACUUCUAUGGAUGGAUCAAAGCCGUUACGGAUUUACCGUAUGUCGUUCACAUCACUGACUGGUGGCUCCCCCUGUGAACGACGAGUACCCACCCCGUCUCCUCAACCUCUACUCAACCCCACGACGCUCAAUAGAAACUUCCUUUCCCCAGACUUUCACGACAAUCGUCUACGACCUGAUCCACGACCCAGUAGGAGUGCAACAUCCUCCCCAGUGCCUCAACAUCCUGUUAUGUUCCACCACCAGGUGUCAUCCACACGAGAGCUGAACAAAGAAUACACGCUUUCGGUCAGUUCAGACUGUGAACUCAGAAGAAAUGCUAGUUCGUACAGUUUUGAUUUUGGAAUAGAGAACAAUGUUGGCAGCUCCCCUGCAUAUAAUUAUUCCACAUUAAACUCUGUUGCGGGGAAAAAUUGUGGAUCAACUCCUUUGUUGUGCUUUAACAACCAGGAACAAGGACUGAAGAAAACGUCUGGGUCUACUCCGCCAUUCAGUCCUUGCGUGUUUUUGGAACUUACUGAAGAUUCUUGAGUUCCCAGAAAUUUUGAGAUAUAUUAAUAGAAUGAAAAAGCACCUGAAGCCUAAAUUAGCACUGAAAUUUAAAUAGCGUGCUUUGUCGAACAACACAUUUGUUUUUACAUUCACAAUCAACAUUUGCUGAUUUUUUUCUUGAAUUUGUGACACUUACUUUACCAGCAGAACAAAACAUUCUAUCUGCACUUAUGUACCAAAUGUUUUCUAUUACUUCAAAAAUAUUACAUAUAUUUGUGAUUCGUAUGUUUAAAUUGUAAAAGCACCAUGUUAUAUUCUUAAAUUGUGCACAAUAUCCAGUAUUGACUAUCAUUCAAGACAAGUGAAUUAGAUAACAAGUUAAAGUGGGUUGGAUUACAAGUUAAAAGUGUAAUAAGAACGUUCUUCAAAAUUUAGUAUGAUAAGUAUAUGUGAGUGUACGCUGACAGAUAAUGAUAUAAAGAUGUUGUUGUUUUUUUAAUCUGACACAAGAUAUAAUGCUUUAAUGCAAUAACAAAUCUCCAUUCGAUCCAUCUCACAAACAUAAAUAUUGUAACUUCAGGAAUAACAGUAUCAGCAUAUUUUCUUUUAUAUUCAGUCUCCCAGUGGCUUAGCGGUAAGCUUGAGGGCAUAUAACACUAUAUUUUUGGGUUCAAUCCCCGCGGCACACACGGUGAAGAUAGCCGAGUGUGUAGCUGUGGUAAUUCAUUUGGUAUGAAAAUAUACAUGCUAUUAAGAAUUGUAAAACAACUAUCUGCGAGUUAAGACACCUGAACUUAUAGCCACAGUUUCGUUUUUUUUAUCUACGUCACUUUGCGAACUUGUUUCUUAAGUGGUAAGUAUUGAAAUUAAAAACAAACGGUUGUCAUCUAAAACUUAAGCCAAAUGCAGUGUGUCCCAUUAGUGAUAAAAAGAAAGAUGUAAUUAAUGAAAAAAAAUUAGAAGAUUUGAGUCUAGCGGAUCCAGUACGUAAUGCAUAAAGAGUAAAUGUAACUUAGAGACUUUUUUAUCUGGUUAUCAGCAAAGAAGUUACUGCCCAUCGGUGGCUCAGCGGUAAGUCUGGGGGGCUUAUAACGCUAAAAAUCACGUUUUGAUAGCUGUUGUGGGCACAGCACACAUAACCGAAACAAAAUAAAAUUAUUGAUAACAAGCUAGAAUAAGGCAAUUUUUACGAACAUUUCAGGGACGUCACAACUUGUACGUAAUCAACUAUUUGAACCAUAAAUCAUUCGUAGUUAUUACAAACUCGAAAUACCAUGUGACUAUAAUGAGGUACCAAUACUAAUGCAUUUAUCGUAUUCAAGCACCUAGAAACGAAAUCAGAAACUAAAACUUAAUUCUAGCACGUUAGUGCAAAGUUCACUAGUUCUUUGUUGUUGCCCCCCAGUGGCACAGCGGUAUGUCUGCGGACUUACAAUGCUAGAAACCGCGUUUCGAUACCCGUGGUGGGCAGAGCACAGAUAGCCCAUUGUGUAGCUUUGUGCAUAACUACAAACAAACAAACAAUCUUUGUUGUUGUUUUUCCACGUGCUUUUUUUUACGUAUUAAAUAAUACGAGAAAACAAUUGUUCAGAUGUUCUAUUUCAAUGUUCGAAGCUCUUAUUUGACCAAAGCUUAAGUUCCGGCAACAACUUAACAAUGAGUUAAUGACUUAAACUUCAUAUUACAAAUGUCUCCAGGAAUUUGAUGGAGUCUGAUUUUCUUCUCAACAUCUGAAAAUUAAGAAGGCGUUAACGUAAUUUUUUUUUUCUAAGCCAGGACCAUGGAACACUAAAAUCUUGAUUAAUCUUGGGGCUUAGUAACUUGUUUCAUUGUAUUUCAAAUAAUAAGUACUCAACAAAUGAAAGUUAUUUUAAGAACUAUUAUGAUAUACUUAAAACGAGUCAAUCAAUCAUGUUAAAACUUUAACAUGACUAACUUUGUUUCAUCCGUUAUUUUAAAGCAUGUUUUAUAUUGGAAAAAAGGAGUUUUAACUUUCCAUACAUGUGCUGUUAUUUGGACAUUUUUCUACCCAGGGGUUUUUAAGAAUAAAAUAGCUUUUCAAGUAUGUGUAAGUUACUAAAUUAUUGAAAUUUAAUUAUCUAAUACAUAUCGCGUUUUUCAAAUAUCUAGUUUUGUAAGCUGUUGUUCGUUACAUUAUCUAUAUCGUAAACACGAAAUCAAACGUGAAUAUUGUAUUACUUGUUUAUAUCUAGAUAUAGAUGUAACUAAAAGUAAAAGGAAAUUCUUUAAAGAGAAUGUGGUUGACAUAAAUUACAAAAAGGGUAAUUUUUUAUGUUGUUAGAAUUUGUAAUUAAAAACACCUGACGUGUAUGUUUUCACUAUAAUUCUGAUAUUCACUUGUGAUGCCAUGGAACUGAU